AAACCCCCCCAACCCUGGGGCCCGACCUCUCCACCACAGGAUGGUCCACUGGUGGGCCUUGCGGGAACACAGGAGCAGCAAGAAGAAUCUGACUCCUAGAAGAGGAAUUGGUUGCCAGGUGAUGAUGUCUGGGCCUCUCCCUGGUGGGCUGAGCGUAAAGGGGAAGUGUGGUCAGGCUGGCACUCACAGCUCGGGCUGGGUGGAAGGCCUGUGGGCGAGGGACUGCCUCUCCCCAGCUGUGCUGAGCCACGGCUUUCAGAGCACUGAUGGCCCCUCAGCCGCUCACAUCUGGACCUCCUGCAACUCAGAACUGAGUCCCUUAGGCUACCGAGGACAGGACGGCGCCGCCAAGAGAGAGAAGCUGCCGCUCCACCCUGCACACCUGUCUGCCUGGCUUCUGCUUCCCAGCCAGCCGCUUGAAGUCCACGACCAAAGGCAGGGGGACAGCAGGGAGCCUGCCCAAGCUCUUGUGUCCAGACACGGCAUCCACGGUGAUUUGUUGGAGCGGCCACAGUGAACAGAUGCGGUUUGUUUCUAACGACUCUACUGCCUGGGUUCCUGCCUUGUUCCAACAGGGAGAGGCCUCCCCCAGUGACAUUUUGGUCCAACCCCAAAACUUGUAUUACUUUUUUGAUUACUAAGCAGACUCAUUUCCGUUUUAAAAAUUUAGUCAUGCUCAUUUAAAAACUUCCGUCUCAUCUUUGACUCAAAGCUCCCUGCUUUGCCCAGCGAGGGGAGUAGAGAGCAGGGUGAGGGGUGAAGGCUGCCUCAGCUUCCUAAGCACCCUUCCCUGCCCUUAUCCCCCCUGGCAUGGGAUUGAGGAGGAAAGACAGGGACAGACAAUUCUCCACAGGAAGUCUCCCCUCGCUGGGUCACUGCUGCUGAUCGAGUCUGUGGUGUUGGGUGGAGACUCACCCCUGGCCCUUGAGUCCCUUGGGGUCCCUUGAGAGACUGGGCUGCACCUUUGGGCUGGCUGCCAGCCUCCUCUCAUGUAAACACCUCUUUACCUGAUGCUUCAGUAGCUCUCAGGAAGCCUGCGCCCCAUGACCUUAUCUACUCCAGGCCUGACAACACAAGUGGGAUUCAGUUUCCAUACUUUCCAGAGCCUGAGCUGGACUGCACAGCCGUGACGCACUGCCCACCAGCUCUACUCCCUGCCGUCUCUCCCCAGGGCUCCUGUCCCCUCUCUCGGGGGUGGGGGAACACCCAUUGGGAUGUGGUUAUUAAUAGCCCCCUUCCUCAGCUGCACGCUCCCAAAAAGACCUGCUCGUCUUGGUUCUGUCGAAAAGGCACCUGUCGGCAGUUCAUGGGGGAAGAGCUAUUUCUCCGAUCUCAGGUUAUGAGGAACUUGGUACUUUCAUUCUCAAGCCCUGAUCAUUCAUUCUGGGGAAUGCCUUGGGCACCCACAGCACCAUAUGACUACCACAGCGAAGUUCCUUUUGAAGUCAAGUGAGAUAUCCUGACCUCCAUCUGGCCUCUCCUUGAUGAUUCUGAGGCAUCCUGACACUGGAAGGCCCUGAGACACAGAGAGGAAGCGUUCCGCCCUCCCUCCUACCUGGGUGACCUGAGGGAGGUCACUACACCUCUGUCUCAGGCCCUGUCUAGAAAAGGGUGUGGUGGUGAGGGUGAAAUAAGGUGAGUGAUGAGAAAGCUCUUGGUGCACUAAACAUGCUCAAAACAUCUGAUGGGAAAUCAAAGCCAUUCAAUUUGUGUGAACUGCAGAAUAUUUACCACUUAGCACAGUUCUGAAAAAUGACCCAUAGUUUCACUUUCUGACAUCACCCUAUUUCCUCUUUCUUUCCCAAGAAUCUGAUGAGAAUAAAAUCUCUUUGAACUUGAAAUGUGAACAAAAGGAAGCUACACUAAAUGGUUGAUUGACUCUUAUCACUGUUAUAAAAGUAAAUGCAAAAGUUAAAAAAGAUAAAAAAGCAAAGAAUUCGGAGGGUUUACAGAGAACACUCACAGCUGCCAGGCCUCAUGCUUCCCUCCCAACACCCAGUCAUGCUCUUCAGAUGCAACAGCUUUUAACUCUGCCUGAUGUGUGUCUCUAUAGCUCUAAAGAGUAUGUUUAUGUUUCUCCUUGGAGAAAUCCGUCAGGAGUAAAAGAAAAAGUCAAAGAGAUAGAAAACAUGAGGGGGAAGUUAGACUAAGAACUAGGAGACAUUUAAGUAAGAGAAAAGAGACUGAGUGGCCAUCAACAGAUAGAUGGAUGAAGAACGUGUGGAGGUAUACAUAUAUAUUCACACACACAUAUAUACAAUGGAAUAUUACUCGACCAUAAAGAAUGAAAUAUUACCACUUACAGCAACACAGAUGGACUUAGAGAAGAACACACGAAGUGAAAUAAGUCAGACAUAGAAAGACAAAUACCAUAUGACAUCACUUAGAUGUGGAAUUUUUAAAAAUAAUACAAAUGAAUAAAAAAUAAAAAAAAAUAAAAAUAAUACAAAUGAACUUGUUUACAAAACAGAAACAAACUCACAGAACUAGAAAACAAACUUACAACUACCAAAGGGGAAGGAGAAGAGGGAUAAACUAGGAGUAUCAGAUUAACAGAUACAUGCUACUAUAUACAAAGUAUUUACUCUGUGUGUGUGUGUGUGUGUGUGUGUGUAUACAUAAAGGAGUUACUGUAUAGCACAGAGAACAUCUUGUAAUAACCUAUCACGGAAACAAUCUUUUCUCAUCCAGACUAAUUCAGUUUGCGUCUUUCUCCCUCUAAUCAUGCCUCACUCAAAGAGAUCCAUCAAGGUAUUUUUCUAACCUCCACCUCAAAACACCAGUGAAAAUGUUAGUCGCUUAGCUGUAUCCGAGUCUUUGCAACCCCAUGGUCUAUAGCCUGCCAGGCUCCUCUAUAUAUGGAAUUCUCCAGGCAAGAAUACUGGAGUGGGUUGCCAGUCCCUUCUCCAGAGGAUCGUCCCAACCCUGGAAUUGAACCCAGGUCUACAUUAUAGGCAGAUUCUUUACAUCUAAGCCACCAGAGAAGCACUCCCCCACACCCCAAAAAUAGCUCUCAAAAUUCUACCCGCCCUGUUAAGAAUUGAGUCUAGUCCCUUUGACAUAAAAAUAACUGCUGUCAGUUACUGCUUUAAAUGGCAUUUCCCCUUCCUGCUGCAUGUUUGACAGUGUAAAGAAAAGCAGUGAUUAUGUCUACAGUUUCUAGAGUAACUGAUAAGUACAUGUCUUACCUCUAAUUUUCGUACAUUCCUUUUAAGAUAGUAGACAGCAUCACUUGCAUAUUGCACGUGAGGACACUGAGGCUUGGAGAAAGUUAAUCACUUGCCUGAGGUCUCCCAGCUGCAAAUCAGCAGGGUUUGAUUGUGAACAAACGCCUGCCUGGUCCCUAAGCAGAUGUAGCUGCACAAUGCGGUAGAUAACUGCCUCCACCACCUCCCCCCCGCCAAGAAGCCCUUCACUCAUGUCUUAUCCUCUCCCU